AGUUGUUUUGAAUGUGGUGCUCUCAAUCCAGAACGGGUCAGCGUCAGAUAUGGAAUAUGGAUCUGUUUAGAUUGCUCAGGGAAACACCGGGGACUCGGAGUUCAUUUGAGUUUUGUUCGUUCAAUCACUAUGGACAAAUGGAAGGAUAUUGAAUUGGCUAAGAUGAAAGCUGGUGGUAAUAAAAAAGCAAAGGAGUUUCUAUCCAGUCAACCUGAUUGGAACCCUUUUAUGCCACUGAGUGAAAGAUAUAACUCAAAAGCUGCUGCUCUGUAUCGUGAUAAGAUCGCCACAGAAGCUGCUGGUAAAACUUGUUCCAUUGAAUCUUCAUCAGCAAAAGACUAUGUUUCGCGAGUCAUUCCUAGUUUCUCGUCGAGUUCGGCUUCCAAUGCAUCUAAAAAUAGCGAAAAACAGUCAUCUUGGGAUGAAGACGAAUGGGCUGCAAGUAGCUACCAAAGUUAUAAUCAUGAGAAUGUAUCUCGUCAGAAGGAACAAUUUUUUGCAAAAAAGCAACAAGAAAAUGCUUCUUGA